GCGGGUUCUUCAGUUAAGCGGUGGACACGACGCCGUGAGCAUGUUAAAGUGCGGGACGUAGCUGGGCGAAAAUCCGCGUUAAUUGAGUAAACGUUGCAUAAAAUGGAACGAAAAUUACCCGAGAACGGUGCAUGCCCGUUUAAAAAUUACCGCGCAAGUGCGUGUUGAAAGUCAGGUAUUUAACCGUUAACUACAAAGUUCGAUAUACGUUUACUGUUCCUUUUCUUUUAGUUUUUAUCUUCGUUAUUCUCAUCGUGUCUUUCUAUUAUCUCCGAUACUGUGAUAUAGUAUUACGUGUUUUUUACCAUCGCAAUUUUGUUAAUUAGCUAAAAAGAAAAACAAAGUUAUCUCUAUCGAAUUUUUAAUGCACAGUGAACCACGAUUCGAAUACAACGGAUUAUAAUCCGUACUCUAUAUGAAAUUUGUGAUACUCUUCAAUCAACCAAUUUAACUCGAUUAAUCACUCUCCCUUUCAAAUUUAAGUGGUUUCACUUUCCUCGUCGACUUCCUCAUUAUUGCGCUAUUAAAAUUAAACUCUGACAGAAGAGCUACAAAAUCAUUUGUGCGCCAGAAUUCGAAGUGAAAAGUCGACCGUCAUUUUUAUUUUCACUGACAAUGAAAACCAAUCGUUGACAGUGAGAGUGUUAACGUUUGUAGAUUGUUUUUUAAAGUCCAAUCAGUGAACGGCGCGGGAAGCUUGGAAUAAAUUUGAAAAAAAAAGAACGAAAAGAAGCACAGUUCAAGACAUUUAUCGAGCAAACAAGUUCCGAAAAAAGUUUCUUCAAGGUAUCGAUUGUAUUCAGCGGCAAAAGCGGCGACAGACGAUCGUUUUUAAAGUUCUCGUAUUCCGGGAUAGAUGUAAUGAGGGGAAAACAAUGGCCGAAUAUCUAUGACAGUUUUACAUAAUUUUUUCUCUAUGGGUCACACGUGCCUCGUUGCGUAACCCGUAAUUACCGAAUGUUAUCAUCGUGAAUAUAUGCAACGUUAAUGUUUGCAUCUUUAUGUACGCCCGAAGGCUCCAUCGGAGUAACAGGACUUUGAGUCUCUGUGCGUCUCUGAGAGAGAACGGGACCUACGGCUUAUAAGAGAACGCCAAACCGACGUCUUAUAGUAUCUCCUCACUGCUGAGAAAAUUAUUAUAUUCUCCGCAGAGCACUUGAUUUUUUCAGUCAACGCGUAAACGCGAUAUCCCGGAAUUCAACACCUGCGCAGCGACGAAGGGAAGUCGGGGAAAGAAUAAGAACAAGAAGAGGAUCUUCGUUGCUCUAAUUCGCGGGAACGUUUUACCUCUGGAAAUCUCAAACACACCGCAGCGUGGCCUAACGCGAAAACGAAGACCAAGAAGAAGAAGAAAAGGAUGGAGUAGGAGUAGCAGUAUAAUACCUUUGUAAAAAGAUCAUAUUCUUUCGUUUUUCCGAAUCCCCACUACUUCCACCUCCCCUUAAAAGUAUCAUAAGGCCUCCUUUGAUAAAUUAUCCUUGAUAAAAACAAGUGAUGCGUUAAUUGAUCGUGAGUGAUGGUUUUCCAGCGGAAACACCAGCGAUAUAAUCGUCACAGUUUUUGGUACAGCACAUGAAAUCUGUGUAACGAUCAAACGGGGCUCUGGUAAUCAAUUUUUCGAAAAGACAGGACGAAAAAAAAUGUGGACAUUCAUGUGGAACGAACUUUUCCAUUAUCCUAUCGAACGAAUUUUAAACGUCUGAUUUUGGAGGGUGAAAACGUUCACCGUUUUGAGAAAAAAAAUUUUCUAUUUUAUACUCGUUGAUUUAGAUUCCGUUAGUGCGUACGCGAUGAAAUCAUUUCGCUGAUAAUGUUUUCCGAUAUUGACUAUCGAGAUUACGUUGUAGAGGUGACUCUGUAAUUUUGGAUAUAGAGACGAACCGUUGGAUUAUAACGAUAUGUAAAAGUGUUUCGCUCGAUAUAUCAAAUCGUGCGAAUUCUGGUGGAGCAUUUGUCAUUAAAUAGUGAGUGUCAUGGGAUCGAGUGUAUGAAAGGUGUAUUGCCGGUCCGUUUUCGUUUUUUUGUUUUUCGUAUCUGAAAUACACACGUCGAUAUACCUUACAUGUUAUAUUUAUUUUAUUUUAUACACGAACAUAAACGCUGUAUAUUAUUAUCGGAGAGUUAGUUAAUUAAUGCUGUUAUUCUUAUAAUCCACCUAUAGUUAUUCGGUUUUUUCGCCGUGUGAUUUUUAUCGUUUUAUCGGAUCGAUGGAUAAACAUUGAGAAGUUGUUUGGCAGCUCAUGCAGAGAUGAAGACCACGCACAGAGCUCUCAGUUUCGAUGAGACGUCGAUGGACAGCGGAACUCCUUUGACAACGCUCACGGAGGGUUUCGUUAGCAGUUCAAAGGGCGAUGUGGUGCAGUGCAAGAUAUCCGCCGACGCGGUCACUUCCCUGGACGAAGCUAAAUCGGUUAUCAAGGCUCUCAUGGCAAGACAACGGGCGCAGGCGCACCAGAUGCUGGACUGGCGAAGGGCUCUCAAAUUACAGGAGGAUCUGGUGGCUAGAUUGACAGUCGAGAAGGCGGAACAACUGUUCGCAUUGUCUUCUCAGUUGUUGUUGUUCGAGUCGAAACUCUCGAGAAAGCAGAAGGAGAUUGAAGCUGGUCUUGCUCAGAGAGAAACCAUUAUUUUACGUCAGCAACAAGUUAUCAGAGAACUUCAGACUAGACUCGCUGAUAAAACUACCGGUCAGAGGGAUUCCCCACCUUGCGAUGCUCUCGACAGACUCGACAGUCUUGGUGACAGCGACAGCGCCGUAGUUUUAGAGGAAACUGCCGAUGAUCCUGCACCGCCAAGAUUUCGAUCGAAUAUCACCGACGUCACGGUGAUCAGAUCGGUAUCCGACGCCGUCGAACCGUCGAAUAAGUACACGUCUUUACGACGCUGCAACGGGUACCUGCGAAGACCGGAAGUUCUAGAGACUGUAUAUUCGGUUGAGGAAGACGGCGAUAGUGAGAACAAUCAGGAGCCAUCCGAGUCUACGGACAUCUCCAAAUACGAAGAUAGAAGAUCGAAGAGCCUGGGAAGCGGAAAGGUACGACUUCGAGAUCUGUACGGAAGCUUUGAAAGGCUGGCCCAGGACGCAGAUUCACCGCCCAGCGAACGACCUAGAGAAGAAACUGUACAAGCUCAGGUGAGAUACAACAGGGUAAUGAGUAAUCAUAGAUCGGUGACGAAACCUAAGGACGUUAAAUACAAAAGGAUAAACAAAGCAAAGUCCAAGAGUCUAGAGGAACUACGAGGGUGUCUCAGGAACUGGAUGGAAAGAGGUAACAAAAUCGCUAUAUCGCUCGAUCAAUCGUACGCCUGAAAGUAUUAAAUUAAUUUUUAAACGAGAGUAAAGAAUAUUGUAAUUUAUAAAUUAUACUGUAUUAUGUAUAUAUACACAUAUAAAAGUACUAUUAAAUUUAAGCGAUGUAUAGCGAUCAUUUUUAAUCAAUAUUAUUAAAUAGUUGGCAGCAGUGCAAAUUCUGUAAAACUGAGGUAAGCCAAAAUAACAUACCCAUAUAAUCGGACGGCAUACGCGAUUCUGAAUUCUUCGACUAAAUUUACAAAUUGAAUCGAAAAUCACGUUUUUCAAAAUUUCCUUCCCUCAUUCCACGUCUUGUGCAACUGAGAGUGUACCACUUACUUACAAAAGAUAUUUACACAUAUUAUACAUUAAACCUAAGAACUAUCUAAAUCGCGCAUUUUCUUAUCGUGCAGGUAUAAUAAACCUUUCAAUUUCCGAUAUUGCAAUCGAAAAAUUCAGAUCAAUUACAAAAUGUCAAAUCCAACCCAAAUGGCCAAUGCAAGACGCGAGUUCCAGUUACUUACUUUUGUCAUUUUGUAUAUUGUAUUUUAAUUUUUUGAUCGUCCACCUGCAUUGAUCGCAGUUCGAAACUCGUGAAAGUUAUUAAUCCUUGACGUGUGAAAUCCUGUAAGUUGAGUGUUAGAAAUAAUUUUUGGACGUUCUCUAGAGGCGCUCUUAUUCGCAAAUUUAUAAUUGCUACAAAAUACUAGUAAUAUUGAAAAUGAUUAUUAUUAUGAUAGGUAUAAAGUUAUUGUAAAAAUAUAGAACGCUAUUGCAGAAACAGUAACAAUAAUUCAAAGUAAAUUGGAAAAAAAACAACACGACAACAAGAAAAACCAAAAUAAUUAUAAUGAUGAUACUAAUAUAAUAGCGAUAAUAGUAAUCCCUUUUGUCAAUUAAUAUAUUCAAUCGGUAAACUUGAGAGAUUGGAAAUUUUAAACCGACAAUGAUAUGAUAGGCCUAAUCUUAAAUUCAUCGCUUUUACUCGAGUGAAAUAAAUUCUAAUAGCCAAUAUAGAGAUUGGAUGACGCGUUUCCUUCAUUGAUAUUAUCCAUUCCUAAUCUCCUUGUAACCUUGAAAACCAAUUGUUUCAAUAUACUCCAGAACCAGUCUGAAAUGCUUUAAGAAUCCCCAUUGAUUAUAGAACUGAUAAUUUUGUUCAUCUCCAUUACAACUUCACCCUUUUUAAUCCGCAAACCGAUUCAGACGCCCGCGUUGAAAAAGGAAGCAAUGAUGCGAUUAACGAUUAAUCGUACAUCACGGGGCGGAAAAAACCGAAAUCUUUUAUAAUCUGAAAAUCAUAAUUCAGACAUCGCUUUGGUAAUAUUUUUCGAAUUAUCAUUCUCUCUGUGCUUUAACUUAAUUGUGCACAUUAGAACAAUUUAUAGUAACAGUAAUAUAUACCUAUAUCUAAAUAUACGUGUGAUUCAACGGCUUAAAAAAUGUAUUACAACCUGUUGUGAGAUCGGAUAGUAAAGUAUUCAUUGUUACGAAAAGUGAUAAUUACAUGUAUUUCAUUAAAUUUCCGUUUUUUUAUUUGUUUUUUUUUCUACUUCCAAUAUAAGAUGAGCUAUACCGACAAUCUAAAUUUUUGAUAUCGGGAAAGGAGGGUUCUACUCUUUGAGGAUACGAAAUUUCAAAAGACAAAUGAUGAAAUAAACAAAUUUAUUACUUAGGUUAAAUGAAACGAUACAGAAUAAUAAUAAUUAUAAUUAUUAUAAUUCCUACAGGAUUAUUUAGAUAGAAUAACAAUGAAUAACAAAUUUCAAUCACCAAUAAAUUAUCAUGUUCCUGUGAGCUGAAACUAUAGCAGCCAAUUAGCGAUCUCUUUCAUAUAAUAUCUUCAUAAACAAAACGUCGUGUAGAGAACUAUUUAAACGAAGAAAAGGAUAUGAUAUUACAUAUUCAAUACGCCUAAAUAUUUGCGUAAAUACAUACGUAUUAUACCUUUAAUACCAAUAAUAUUUGAGAAAAGCGUAUAUCGCUAUUGAGAUUUGUUAUAAUAUCGGGAAUCAUUACAAAUAUACCGCUAUAACGAAUCAAUACAGCUGCAUUGUCCCAGAAGCGAAACUAUAAUUAUAUAGUGUAUAUCAUUAAUGUAAUUCAUAUUAAAAUGAAAAGAAAUAAAGAAAAAUCGCAUAAUACCGUGUAUACACAUGUAUGUACCAAUCAUUGCUUUCGUAGCAAAUUUGUAGACUGCUAUUGAAUAUUGUUAAUUUUAGCACAAUUAUAGUGAAUAUUAUUGAUGAUAUUAUAAUUAUGUACACUAUCACGAUAAUUAAUUUUACUGUAUAGCAGCUAUUUAUGCAGCAGUCGGCUCUUACAUGAUUUCCAAUACUAUUUCACGUAAUUACAGCAGUAAUUAUUGUUAUGAUUAUUAUUAUUAUUAUUAUUGAAAUUAUUAUAAUUAUUAUUCGUUUUAUUAUUAUAUUGUUAAUACUAUUACUGUAAUUAAAAAAUAAUAAGUUAUAAUAUUAUAGUAAAUGAAAUGCCAUAUUUGUGAUUUCUAAUGUCUAUAUCCAUGUAUGACCCGUAUCAUAUUUCUAGUAAAAUUCUAAAUAUCUGUU